UCUGGUCCUCCUCUGCGCGCUCUGGGUCUCGCCUCGGACAAACUGCGGCGGAGUGCUGGAUCUCCAAAAGUUGACAGACUAGGUGUAAAAAAAAUAUAUAAAAAUAAAAAAAGAGUCCGGGGCCACGGGAGGUUCUGUGUACGUCUCUCCGCGGAUUAGGGUGUCGUAUGAUUUGGUUUUCAGGGUACUUUUGUUUGCAGUUUUAUCAUGGAGGCUCUCAGAGGUCUCCUUGCGCUACUGUGUGUCCUGGUGGCCGGAGCGCAAACGCAGGACAUACUACCUAAAUUUGCGGAGUGUCCUGUUGACCUUUACUUUGUACUGGAUACAUCUGAGAGUGUCGCCCUCAGACAGAAACCUCCCAACUUUUAUAUUGACCAGAUCAAAGAAUUCACCAAACACUUCAUUGAUGAACUCAAAGACAUGCGCCACCGAUGUGACCGUGUCCUGACAUGGAACUCCGGAGCUCUGCAUUACAGUGACGAAGUCGUCCUUGUGAGGGAGCUGAGUGACAUGCGCUCCCAUCGCCAGGACCUGAAGAAAGCCAUUGAUGGCAUAUCAUUCAUCGGCAGGGGAACACACACUGACUGCGCCAUCAAGAGGGGCCUGGCUGAACUGCUCAUUGGAGGGUCCCACUACCACGAGAACAAGUACAUUGUAGUUGUGACCGAUGGCCAUCCUAUCACUGGUUACAAAGAGCCAUGUGGAGGUGUGCAGGAAGCUGCCAAUGAGGCCAAACAACAUGGAGUCAAAGUGUUUGCUGUGGCCAUCUCACCUGACCAGGAGGACACCAGGCUGUUACUCAUUGCCACAGAUCAGACCUACAGACAGAACUUCACUGCAGCAGAUGAGACCAGAUCCACCAAGAUUAAUACCAUUAGGUCCAUCAUUGAUAUAAUCACAAACGAGACAAAGGAUGUGUGCUGCUCCUUUGACUGUAAUGCUUCUGGAGGGCCCAAAGGACCAGAUGGAGAUCGUGGCGCCAAGGGAGAGAUGGGUCGCCCAGGGAUGCCAGGAGUGAAAGGAGAUGUUGGGGAAAUAGGCAACAUUGGUGAUCCUGGUCCUGUUGGUUACAGUGGAAUGAAGGGAGAUCGUGGUCCCAGAGGAGAUAAGGGUGAAAGAGGACACAAAGGCUUCAAGGGCGACAAAGGUCAGAGGGGGAAGGAUGGAAUAGAUGGACGCAAGGGUGAACCUGGUUUCCCUGGGCUUGCCGGCUGUAAAGGUUCUCCUGGACCAGAUGGCCUGCAGGGAGAGUCGGGACCAAAGGGCGACCCUGGUUCUUAUGGAAGGAAAGGAGGAAAAGGAGAUAUCGGAAGAAAUGGUGAACCAGGGCGGCCUGGAAAAUAUGGGUCCUCGGGGCCUCAGGGGGAACCAGGUCCUCGUGGCGCCAAUGGAGACAAAGGAGAGCGCGGAGAUGAUGGACCUCCUGGACAAGAUGGAACACCUGGCGAUAAAGGACAAGCUGGGGAGAAGGGGGAGCAAGGUUCCCGUGGAAACAGAGGUCCAAGAGGUGACCCAGGGGAGCCAGGGCCACGUGGAGAGGCCGGGAGGGAGGGCUCAACUGGCCCCAGCGGAGACCCUGGUGAGCGGGGAAGGGCCGGCUCUCCUGGCUACCGAGGAGAUGAAGGCCCUGCUGGAUCAGAGGGACCCAAAGGACCAAGAGGAAUCAAAGGAGCUCCAGGAGACAGAGGCCCUAUAGGGGAGAGGGGAGAAGAUGGUGCCCCAGGAAAUGGCACAAUAGGCUGUCAUGGUUUCCAGGGUUACCCCGGACCUCGUGGAGACUCUGGUGCGCCGGGCGGCAAUGGAACUCCCGGACCAAAAGGAGAUGAUGGAGAGCCCGGAGAUCCUGGCCCCGGUAACAACAAACCAGGGCCCCCUGGACCUAAAGGAGCCAAAGGUCACAGAGGAGCUGAGGGCAGACCGGGUCCUCCUGGGCCGAGUGGACCACCAGGAACCGAUGAAUGUGAAAUUCUGGAUAUAAUCAUGAAGCUCUGCUCUUGCUGUGAGUGCAAGUGUGCACCUGUGGACCUGGCAUUCAUUGUGGACAGCUCAGAGAGUAUUGGUGCCCCAAACUAUGCUCUUUCCAAAGAUUUUAUCAUCACAGUUAUUGACAGACUGAUCAAAGAUCACCAAGUAAAGUUUGCAGUGGAUCAGUCCACUGUGAGUGUAGUCCAGUACAGUGGAUCAAAAGCACAAGAAGCUAUCAAAUUAACCAACAGCCUCGCCAAUUUUAAGCAGGCAGUAAGAGACAUGCAUUGGAUGGCUGAGGCCACAUACACGGGCGAGGCUCUUGAAUUUGCUGUAACCAAUACACUUAAUGUCAUGAAGAAAGAAAACAAAGUUGUUCUUGUUCUCACUGAUGGGCGCUCUGAUACUAGCAGAGACAAAGUUUCACUCAAUGUGCUCUGUGGUAAAGGCCUCCUGGUGGGUGGUUUAGGUGUGAAGGACUACUCAGGCCGCCAGCCCAACCAGGAGCAGCUUGAAUCCGUAGUGUGUAAGAGUGACCCCAAACCCGGCUUUUCCUUUGUACUGGAGAACUUUGCUGAACUGCUGGAUGACAAUUUCCUUCAGAAUCUUACAGCCAAGAUCUGUCAAGAGAAGAAAUGCCCAGACUACAAAUGUCCCAUCUCUUUCUCUGAAAGUACCGAUAUCUUGGUGAUGAUGGAUAGCUCUGCCAGUGUGGGCCAGAAGAACUUUGAGAUAAGCAAGGCCUUUGUUCGCCGCUUGGCCGACCGUUUCCUGACCGCAGAGAGGAAGGGAGGUGCUGGUGUCAGAGUCGGUGUGGCCCAAUAUAGCCGGACCGCUCGUUUGGAGCAGUCAUUGAUUAACAAUAUCACAGUGCUGUCUACUCGAAUAGAAGAAGCAGUGUUCCAAAACGAUGGCACCGACGUUUUAGACGCCAUGACAUUCGCAAUUAAGAAUUUACGUGGCCGUGGGGAUGCAGCUGGAGGCAGGAAGAAGCUGGUGCUUUUCUCUGACGGCAGGUCUCAGGGUGUCACCGAGGCUGUCCUGGAGAAACGUGUUCGUGAAGUGUCGGAUGCUGGCAUUGAUCUCUUUGUCAUCUCGGCUGGGAGCCAGGUCAAUGAGGCUAAUCUGCGCUUGCUUGUCAGCAAGGGACGACAAGACGACGUCACCUAUGCUCAGCGCCACCUUUUCCGUGUCCCAGAUUACCCCUCUCUGCUCCGUGGAGUUUUCUACCAAACCGUCACUCACAGGGUGUCAAAGCUCUAAAUGCAGGGCGUUGAACAAAAGGAUUAACAUGUUUUAGAUUUUUAGUCUCAUUCUAUUACAUAUUCAGUCUCACUCAUAUACCAUACACUGUUGUCAACUACGUUUGAAUAAGAAAAACAAUAUGUCACAAAAUGACAAAUGAUUGUGUGGCAGACAAAUGUAAAUAUCACAAAAUAGCUCUUUUACUUUUAUUCAUCCUCCUAUUCAUACCAUCGCUGCCUCUGUAUACCCUUACCCAAUGAAUCUGUUGAGGUGAAACAUCCUUUAUUGUAAAAUUUAGGUUAAAAUAGUCUGGAUUCACAACAGAGUACUUCGGUCCUGGAGAGACAUCAGUGAUGACCACAUCAAAACUUAUUCCCAUGUUUCUUCUGUACUAAUUUCGACUCAGGUACUCUGCAUCUCUUUAUAACUCUCAGCGUUGUUUUACUUUAUCCAACCAGUGAAGAUUCACAGAGGUUCCCUGAAGCUGCAUUGUCUCAUCUCUCCAGGACCGGGGAUCCCACUGUUUGAAGAAUUGUUUUGAGCUCUAAUGUGGACUGAUUUUACAGCUUUUACCACUCUGUUAAGUGGUGACAGAUGUGUUGUAUCACAAUAAUCAGGAAAAAGAGAACAACCACAACUAUGAACUGAAAAGUACACAUUUUCAUCUCCCAACGACUGGCCAACGACUUCAUUUUAAGUACAUCAGCUAUGGAGGAUAUUGGAAAAAUUUAUUGAGAAAGCAAUAACAUAUCCCUGACUUGGAGGAAACUCACCUUCAGCAUCAUUUGAAAGCUGUGUGAGAUCACCAACACAACAGGAAAUAACAGGAUGUAACAUCAGACAGACUUACAAAUAAAACCCAUCAGGAUUACUCCUGGUAUUAAUGAGGACAGCUGGACCCAACAUGUAUAAACCAGUCUAUGUGUGUAUCUGCUUCUCUGUUUGUACAUCAUUUACAUAUACACAAUUGGAUUUUUAUGUAGCACUGGGUAACCAAUUAGUAAAAUGGUAUGCUGGGGUUUUUGGUUCAAGUGACAGAAUGACAGAAAUGUGUUGUUUAUCAUCUGUGCAGCAGAGAAGCUCUAUUCAAAGACAAAGACAGACACACACACAUCUUUGCGCUUCAUCAGUGAUAUAGGAAAACAUCUGUCUUAAGUUGGAAAGGAAACUCAAUGGGACUUAUGAGCCUACACAAACACUCACUGUAAAACACACAUACCUAUUACAUCCCCACAACUGUAACUUCAACAUGAUUUGUUGUCAUCAGGAGCUCAGAGAAUCACCAGACUGUCUUUAUCAUUUGUGGUGCUACUACUCUCAGUGUAUCAACUUCCACCUAUGUCAUUCAGGAAGAUAUUUUUAGCUGGGGAUGCAUAGCCUCAGUAGUGUUGUACGAGCUCCUUCAAUAAAGGUUGCUACACCCCA